AUGGAAAACCAUACUACAAUUCAAGAAUUUAUUUUUGCUGGAUUUACUGAAUCAUCAAACCUGCAGGUUCCUCUCUUUGCAUUCUUUUUUGUGGUGUAUGUUAUCAUUUUAACUGGAAAUCUUGGGAUGAUCUUUUUGAUAAGAAUUAAUUCUCAGUUACACACUCCCAUGUAUUUCUUCCUUAGUAAUUUGUCCUUUGUAGACUUCUGCUAUUCCACUGUUGUCACCCCUAAGAUGCUGAUGGAUUUUGUUAUAAAGAGGAAUGCUAUUUCGUUAAUUGGUUGUGCUGUACAAAUGUGGUUUUUUGGUCUCUUUUUAGCCACUGAGUGUUUCCUCUUGGCUGCAAUGGCAUAUGACAGGUACAUGGCCAUUUCCAAUCCACUGCUUUAUACAGUCAUUAUGUCACGAAGGGUUUGUGUGCAACUCGUGGUCAUCCCCUAUCUGAUUGGAGUAUUGAAUGCCACAACACAUACAACUUUAACUUUUCAAUUGUCCUUCUGUAGCCACUAUAUAAUCAAUCAUUUCUUCUGUGACAUACCUGCAGUUAUAUCACUCUCCUGUUCAGAUACCCAACUGAACAAUAUGGUUCUUUUUGUUCUAUCUUGCACUUUUGGCAUUGUGAACACCUCUGUUAUUAUUAUCUCCUAUAUCUAUAUUCUCAGUGCCAUUCUCAGAAUCCGCUCCAGUGCAGGCAGGCACAAAGCUUUCUCUACCUGCUCAACUCACCUCACAGUUGUGACUAUCUUCUACGGAACCCUCUUUUUUACAUAUGUGCGUCCCAGCUCCAGCUCAUCCAUACAGGAGGACAAGAUGGUCUCCAUGCUCUAUACAGUGAUGAUCCCCAUGCUGAACCCCUUGAUAUAUAGCCUGAGGAACAAAGAGGUGAAAGAUGCAGUGAGGAGGUUGUUUAGGGGGAAAAGCUUACUAUAG